AACAUAGUUGUUUACAUAAGAAGAUGGAUUUUCUUUGUGGAAUUUUCGUCAUUCUUGGAAUUUUUACUUCGGCAUCCGGACAAUUCAUUCCGUCUAGUUUCGCGUGUUCAUCUCCGAAUUCUACAACCUUCGUUUUUACCUGGGUCCGGCCGAACGACCCCACAAGUCAAGUCCAGGGCUACCAUCUUACCAUUUCUCGAUCAGACGGUUUACAAGUGGACAACUUUCCGCAAAUGGACAUCCCCGGCUACUUGGUGCAGACCUACACUGUGAAUGGCGUAGGCAAGUACGCCGUGUACACCGCCAACCUCCACUGCUACACCGGAAGUGGGGACGAACCUGACGUCACGAUCGACUGUAUGUCUAUGACAGAUGCCCCUAAUGGAGCCCCAACUCUCGUCAACGCUACCGGCAUUUCCUACUCCGAGGUUGAUGUAGUUUGGAACGAAAUUGCAGAGAUUUACCGGAACGGCAUACUUCUCGGCUACAAGAUUGUGUAUUUCGCACUGAAUAACUGGACCCCCAAAACUAUUGACGUCAGCAACACAACUUUCCAUUACGUCAUUGCCUCUCUCGAUUAUGACACCAAAUAUGUCGUGAGCGUUCUGGCGUAUACCUCCACGGGAGACGGCCCACAAACUACCGACAUCGACAAGACUUGGGGUCCUGCCACCACAGUAGCACCUGUAGAGACCAAGUAUUACUGUUACGAGAUGAUCCCGGGGGUGAUCGAAAUCGGCUGGAAUGGCAUGCCGUGUACCAUCUACAUGGGCGUCAUCGGUUUCCUUUUUGUCUUCGCUCUCAUCUUCGGCCUUGCAUGCUGUUGUAGUGGCUCUGGCGCUGCUGGCGCAGGCGUUGGCGGGGGAGUGGGUACAGGUGGUGGUUCUCGGGUUGAGCCAUUCAACGAAUACGACACCGACAGCGACGAUGAUGAUGACGACGGUUAUGCAAAUAAGAAACCUCAUAAAUCGGCAAAGAGCACAGGACAAAUCACAUCACGUGACAUCUGGUUAGCAAGUCCCGCCCCCGGAGAUUUUGACGAUAGUCACGACGAUGUAUCAAGCCCUGUACCGCCUCCGUCGACAUUUAUACCCCGUGUCGGCCCAAUAGCGAAACCGGAACCAGCGAACAACAAUCCUGCACCAAGUACCAAUGUUAAUGAGGGAGCCAAACCUGACAACACAACUGGAAGCAGCGAUACAAACAUUGUGGUUGAAGAUGAUGACGGCUUUAUUUAGUUUCACAAGAACUAAAGAUGUUUUAAAAUUAUUUCCCUUUCUACAUCUCAAACGGAGCGCAGCGCAAGGACUCAUGGGAUAGACUGGCAGAUGCUAUCCGGUGCGUCAUAUCACCCGAUAUCAUUGUGAUGUCACAUGGAACAAUGUGAUGGCGCCGUUUUCAUUUUUGGACGAUAUGUAACAGUUAAGAUUAAUAGAAUCUGUCACUCUUGCACAUGUUUUGCAUCACAUAGGAAUGAUCGAUUUUCUUCCUCGAUAAAAAAGCACCGCGCCAUCAUGAAUUAAGGGCCCAUGAAAUGGGUUUUAAAUUUGUUUCUCUACAAUAUCAUACAAGGCAAAACAGAGCAAAACUCCUUGCUUUAUUGUAUACCCAUCACCCUAAAAAUCACAUGUUCACAACCAAGUGCAAAUGCACUUGAAAAAGUAAAUCACAUGUAUUGUAAUCGAUGGUCCAGGAUUGAGAGUUGGUGGCCUGACAAUGUUAACGCUGUAGUGGUGUCUCCUCUCGAUGGGCCAGGAUUGAGAGUUGGUGGCCUGACAAUGUUAACGCUGUAGUGGUGUCUCCUCUCGAUGGGCCAGGAUUGAGAGUUGGUGGCCUGACAAUGUUAACGCUGUAGUGGUGUCUCCUCUCGAUGGGCCAGGAUUGAGAGUUGGUGGCCUGACAAUGUUAACGCUGUAGUGGUGUCUCCUCUCGAUGGGCCAGGAUUGAGAGUUGGUGGCCUGACAAUGUUAACGCUGUAGUGGUGUCUCCUCUCGAUGGGCCAGGAUUGAGAGUUGGUGGCCUGACAAUGUUAACGCUGUAGUGGUGUCUCCUCUCGAUGGGCCAGGAUUGAGAGUUGGUGGCCUGACAAUGUUAACGCUGUAGUGGUGUCUCCUCUCGAUGGGCCAGGAUUGAGAGUUGGUGGCCUGACAAUGUUAACGCUGUAGUGGUGUCUCCUCUCGAUGGGCCAGGAUUGAGAGUUGGUGGCCUGACAAUGUUAACGCUGUAGUGGUGUCUCCUCUCGAUGGGCCAGGAUUGAGAGUUGGUGGCCUGACAAUGUUAACGCUGUAGUGGUGUCUCCUCUCGAUGGGCCAGGAUUGAGAGUUGGUGGCCUGACAAUGUUAACGCUGUAGUGGUGUCUCCUCUCGAUGGGCCAGGAUUGAGAGUUGGUGGCCUGACAAUGUUAACGCUGUAGUGGUGUCUCCUCUCGAUGGGCCAGGAUUGAGAGUUGGUGGCCUGACAAUGUUAACGCUGUAGUGGUGUCUCCUCUCGAUGGGCCAGGAUUGAGAGUUGGUGGCCUGACAAUGUUAACGCUGUAGUGGUGUCUCCUCUCGAUGGGCCAGGAUUGAGAGUUGGUGGCCUGACAAUGUUAACGCUGUAGUGGUGUCUCCUCUCGAUGGGUCAGGAUUGAGAGUUGGUGGCCUGACAAUGUUAACGCUGUAGUGGUGUCUCCUCUCGAUGGGCCAGGAUUGAGAGUUGGUGGCUAGACAAUGUUAACGCUGGCUGCAGCUACAUAGCAGCUCAGCAAAAGCACAUAAUUUGAAAUUUGAAAUCGAAGCCACGGUUAUCAUAGCAAGUAGAGCUAGCAUGAUUACGCUUUUAUAUGAUUCGAUGGUAAUGUCUAUAAUUAUUUACAUAUACAUAACUACAUAUGCGUACUGAUUUCAAAAUGAUGUUCACUGAUCUGCUGUACCAGUCUUUCAAAAUGUCAGCGGAGGACAUGCAACUUGAUGAAGAAUCCGAACAUACACAUGAUGCAAAUACCCUUUUUGGGGAGUCAGUUUAAACACGUGAUUCACAAUACGUACUGAGAUGGUGUGCUGAUAACGAGCAUCCCUUUUUCGAGGGACGAACACCUUUUUAUAUGGAUAUGUUAUGAUGCUAGAAAGUUUAUAUCUUAUCGGUAUACAAUAAAAUUCAUUUCUCUCUUGGAAAUAUUGUGAUUUGUGU